UCCAGUAUACUACCGAUAUUUUAUCAGUAUAAAUGACAAGGAAUAUAGGUAGAUAAUAAGAUAAACCUUGGAUGAGGAAUACUGAAGUUUCCAAAACCCGUCUAGUUUCCAUUAGGCAAGAUAACCGGGUUACACAAUGGAUUAUGGAGGCCAAAAAAUGGGCUGUGACACCAGAGACGGACUUAGAGUCUGAUUAUAAGAGCAGAUACUCUGAAGGAAGCUGCUGACAAUGGUAAGGGCUAGAAAGGGAUCCAAACUCUGGCCUCUUAACGUAUUUGCUGGGAGCCCUUUACUCUGGAGGUGGCAGAGGUGAGAUAAAGUCCUUUGAGGGAUCUUGUUCUUAAGAUUUCUGUGGUUCAACUUUCUUCCUCAUCCCUCCAUGCCCCACGGUCUAGGAAUAUGAACGGUGAGCCAUGGGUGCUGGGAAUUGGAGCCAGGUAACAGAGUUCGUCAUCUCGGGCUUCCCCCACCUCCAGGGUAUCCAGGCUUACCUCUUCGUCUUGUUACUUCUAAUUUAUGUCACCACCGUACUGGGAAACCUGCUGGUAUUCCUAGUGGUCCGCCUGGACUCCCAGCUCCACACACCCAUGUACCACUUUGUCAGCAUCCUCUCCCUGCUGGAGCUUGGCUACACGGCUGCCACCGUCCCCAAGAUGCUGUCGAACCUGCUCAGGGAGGAGAAGACCAUUUCUUUCUCCGGAUGCCUCCUGCAAAUCUACUUCUUUCACUCUCUUGGGGCCACUGAGUGCUAUCUCCUCACAGCUAUGGCUUAUGACAGGUAUUUAGCCAUCUGCCGGCCCCUCCACUACUCCACCCUCAUGACCCCAGCACGCUGCGCCAAGAUCGCCGUUGGCUGUUGGCUGGGAGGUCUGGCUGGGCCGGUGGCUGAGAUUUCCCUGGUGUCCCGUCUCCCUUUCUGUGGCCCCAAUCGCAUUCAGCACAUCUUUUGUGAUUUCCCGCCCGUGCUGAGCUUGGCUUGUACUGACACAUCUGUCAACGUCCUAGUGGACUUUGCUAUCAACUCCUGCAAGAUACUGGCCACCUUCCUGUUGAUCCUCAGCUCCUAUGUCCAGAUCGUCCGCACGGUGCUCAGGAUUCCUUCAGUUGCAGGCAAGGCCAAGGCCUUCUCCACCUGUGCCUCGCACCUGACCGUGGUUCUCAUCUUCUACGGGAGCAUCCUCUUUAUGUAUGUGCGGCUGAAGAGUAGCUACUCACUGGACUAUGACCGCGCCCUGGCUGUGAUCUACUCGGUGCUCACACCUUUCCUCAACCCCUUCGUCUAUAGCUUGCGCAACAAGGAUAUUAAGGAGGCCGUGAGGAGGCAGUUGAAGAGGUCAGGGAUACUUAUUGAAGUGAAGGUGGGGAAGGCAGGCCAAGGGAGAAGAUGAGGUACGGUGACCCAGGGGGUCGCCAGUCACCGCAGAUGAGAAGUCAAGCGUUGAGUGCUUUUCUACGUGGGAUACAGAACUGGGGCAAGUGUUGCCUGGCUCUCAGCAUCUACACAACCGCCACACUGGAGCCACAUGCGGCCAGAGACCAGAGAUUGGAAUGUGGUUUUCAAAUCUCAGAUGUUUGUGUACCAUACAUGGGAAUUUCGUCACAUCUGGGCCUUACCUACUAUAUGUCAAUAUACAGUAAAUUUGAUAAAUAUUUAAUGUAAAUACAUUUACUCGUAUUCUAAACAAUAAUAUUGAAUAAUAUUGAGAUACAUUUUAGAACAAAAAAUAACUUGGUUGUUUUUCGUGUACCAUUUACACUUAAAUGGUAUUGCAUGUAUACCAUUUGUUUGUGUAUUG